AUGCAUUUUCCUAUCAAUGAAAAUGACACCAUCGUCCAGCCACCGUAUUUCUAUAUCAGUGGAUUUUCUGGCAUACCCCAUAUGAAAUAUUAUUAUGUAUUCAUCUUCUUCGCCUUCAUAAUAUCUGUGCUUGGUAACUCUUUCCUAAUGAUUGUCAUCUAUACUGACCGCAGUCUUCACACACCAAAGUACAUUGCUGUCUUCAAUUUGUCGAUCACUGACUUGUUUGAAAGCACUUCGCUUAUUCCACAACUGUUGGAUACCUUCCUGUUUGGAAAUCAGUUCAUCUCUUAUGCAGCAUGUUUGUCCAAUAUGUUUUUUGUUCUCCUGUUCUGGACAAUGCAGUCCUUAACUCUAACAAUUUUGUCGUAUGAUAGACUUGCAGCCAUUUGUUUUCCAUUAAAAUAUCACAUGAUUGUGACACACAGGUCAAUGUUCAUUAUAGUUGCAGUUGCAUGGACAUACUCUUUAGUGUCACUGUUCGUUGCAGUAGGUUUCAUCUCAAAGCUGUCUUUUUGUAGGUCCAUUGUGAUUGAAAGUUUCUACUGUGAUCAUGGACCUAUGUUUCGAUUAGCCUGCAACAAUAACUUCCCAAGUACUGUAAUAAGCUUUUUAUUUCCUUCCAUGCUCUUGUGGUUCCCAAUGUUAUUUAUCUUAAUUUCAUACACUUGCAUAUUUGUUACAGUAUUAAAAAUCGCUACAUCACAGGACCGGGUAAAAGCUCUAAGAACAUGUACCUCUCAUUUGAUGUUGGUAGCAAUAUUUUAUCUUCCUAUAAGUAUAACAUUUGGUUUAGGCCCUAAAAUCCACCAAAAUGCAAGGAUCAUCUACCUUUCUAUGACCUCAACCAUUCCUCCCAUGCUUAAUCCAAUCAUUUACACUCUGAAGACAGAGGAGUUUAAGGUUUCUGUCAAAAAGAUUUUGAAAAGAAAUAAAGUAAAAAUAUUACACAAAAGUACUUUUGUUGUCCUUAGUUCAGUGACCAGCAUGAGUUACUAG